AUGGUGACGUUCACUCCAAACCCUGCGCAAACACCAGGCAUAGCAGUCAACGAUUCGAGUGUCACAAAGGUAAGACUCAGUUUUUUUUCAAUUUGAAUGUGAAGCUCUUUAAAGGAUCUGUGUCACAAAAUUUAUCAAAAUUAAAACAGUGGGAAAUGCUACCAUAACUGAGUGUAACAUAAAAGUAACUACUGCCCAAAAUAUGAAAAGAAGGUAUAAAUAACAGAUUAAAUACAAAAGGAGGCACGGAUGGACAAAAUCUGAAGAAGAUUGAAACCGAUUGCAGUUGUGGCUUUUGAAGACUUAAGUAGCCUUACAGUUUUUCAGGCUUCAUUUGGUUUUUGUGACGUAAAAUGUAAUCCUUGGGAAACAAGUAAAUUCUUAAGCUCCAUUUCUAGUCGUAAUGGGCAUUAUUAAUAAAAUGAACCAUACAGCCGUGACACAGCCCCUUAAACAGCUUGUACGGUCCAUGAACACCUUCUCAAGUGCCAGAAUUUGUCGAGAUCGAAGAUAUCUGCACAAAAAGCAAAACUGAAACCUUUCACUGCAGUUUUUAUUUAAAAAUGUGGGGCCAGUCGCAUGUUUAGGGCACAUCCAUAACUUUAUCACGAAAUUUCUAAUACCUAACAGUUCCUUCACUCUUCACUCGAGAGGGUAUUCACUGUCUGUGGGAUUUAACCUUUGCAGCAUUCGUUCGUGAAUAAUGAACUUAACCAACAGAACAACUACAGCAAUACCUGGUUGCCUUUUCUCUUAUUCCUUCUAAUUCUUACACUUCUUGUGUUACAUUUGUCAGUUACUAACCUUUAUUAAUUAUAAGAAACCUUCACCUUUUAACGGAACAAUAAUUGUACUUACCUCACUGUGCGUCAUUUGAUAACCUCAUAAACAAGUACCGUUCGUGCAGCAUUCGUUCGUGAAUAAUGAACUUAACCAAUAGCACAGCUACAGCAAUACCUGCUUGCCUUUUCUCUUAUCCCUUCUGAUUCUUACGCUUCUUGUGUUACAUUUGUCAGUUACUAACCUUUAGAAAAUAUAAGAAACCUUCACCUGUUAACGGAACAAUAAUUGUACUAACCUUACUGUGCGUCAUUUGAUAACCUUAUAAACAAGUACCGCAUUAAUUCAGUUUCCAAACAGUUUUUUAUAAUGUCUUGAUAAGCCUUCUUUCACUUAGUGGUCCUACAUCUUAAAAUAUUCUCAUACAGUGUUUUUGUUACCAGGUAAACCCUAAUUCUAACGUAAAACUCACCACUAAGUUGUUUAUUAAACCUAAUGACGAUUAAGGUUUCUGAUUUAUUACUGUCGUGAUUCAUGUUGCUUAAUUUCUCUACCUGCUAAAAGGAAAUGUUGUUUAAUCUUAUCCAAUUAAUAACCUCAAUGAUGACUGAUCUAAACAAUUAACAUGCAAAGCUCAAGUCCCUGAAAGCUAGCUGUUAAGCACUUUAUGAGCACAAAAUUAGGAUGAAAGAAAAUAACAUAAUGAGACUAAACCUACCUUUGACAUAUAAAAUUGAACAAAUGCAACCCGUGUUUUGUGAUCUAUAGAGUGAUGUUCAUGGUAAAAGUUAAACAACCCUAUAAGUACUCUGAUUAGGUGGAGAUCUAAUAUGGUAAAAGUCGUUGAAAGUUGUUUAUGAUAAGUUCCCUUAUAUUUACUUAAGUAAAUUAAAUGGUGCAAUGCCACAAAUUGUCACUUUUUACUUUUUCACUUUUUGGAUAGUUUCUUGGUGUUGCGGACGGAUGCAAUCACCAAGUGACGUAAUACAAAAGACUGACUGGGAAAAGACGGUGAACAAGACAAAACACAAAGCAAACCAAUAGUGGUUUCUGCAUUAUCAAGAAACACCCACUUUUGUCACCUUUUUUUUUUCAUGCGCUUCGCUAAACAAAUUAUCAUCAUAGCAAUGUGCGUUAUUAAUUUUGAAAAGUAGCCUGGCAAAACGUGAGGUCAAUUCAAAGAGAUUGGCAGCCAUUUCAACCGCGAUAUUGAUGCGAUUCCUUAACUUACUUGGUUGACAGUAACUGAUGUUGUUACAACUUCACCGUUUUUAACAAAACCACUCUUUGGUUUCACGUAACAAUGAAUAAAUGCUCCAAAAAGUGCCUAAAUACAAUAGGAAGAGUUGCCUGCGUGCAGACGUCUCCUAUUUCCUUUGUUGCACGCGGAAAAGGGACGUCUGCGUAACGCCGUCGAUAAUCGUGUUCCAGCGUCCUGCUGGGUUCCCAAGAUCUUGGGAACAUCUGCGAUAGGCUGACACACAGUGCGCAUUGUUUGACUUAACGCUGAUUGGUUGUUAUCGAAUGUGGUCUGAUAAUGUAUGCGGUGAUUUAAAUGAUUUAUGUAAGCGGGGUUUUCUAACCAAAACAAAUCAAAACAUGUGCGAUUGUGUGCUGUGUUUUUCGUCGAUCGAAAAGCAGAGCGAUCGAAAUCUUGUCCGGGGACGCGGAAAAUUUUACGUGUACGAGAAAUUAUUUCUUUACAAUUUACUGUGCAUGACACAUCACAUCAUAUUUGUAAACAGUGUCUGAGAAAACUACAAAAGCGGCGUGGACUUCGCACCAGGAAGGCAUUUCGGAGAAAGCCAGCCAAAGAAACUAAAAUCUUUAUUUAGCCGUAACAAACAGAGGUCAAGAAAAUUUAAACACUUUACAACUGCAUCUGAAAUCAAAUCCUAUCGGGAACACCCACAGAAGCAUAAACCACAGGAAAUGAUUACUCAGUAUGCAUGUAACAAACCUACUUCAUGACCUCAAAAUGUAAGACAUAGCGCGGCAAAAAUGAGAUUUACUCAGUCAAAGGUUAGAAUGCUACAUGCACUAGUAAUUAGUGCUAGUAAUCUUCGCGCGAGAGAGAAAUGAAGAAAAACCUCUGUUCAAGCAGACUCUCAAGGUCACGUUUCGCCCGAUGUUUUGUUUGGCCUGUCAACUCUUAUUUCUAACCGGAUAUUAUUUCACAAUUUAUUCGAAAUAGAAUACCCUGCCAGCGGGACGCUGGAACACGAUUAGCGACGGCGUUAGGCAGACGUCCCUUUUCCGCGUGCAACAAAGGAAAUAGGAGACGUCUGCACGCAGGCAAUAGGAAGAGUCGUUUAUAGCAACCGGUAAUAAUGGCGUAGUAGAGGUGCUGACCAGAAUGUAAGCGUCGCUUGAAAAGAGGAAUCUUUGAGAUAUAUUGAAGUUAUAUACAAACUCUGGUUGUAAAUCCAAGUAUCCCAAAGAUGUCUCUCAUCUGCCUUUGGAAAGGAUUCUGCUGGCAAUCAUCACCAGGCGAAAGAAGCAAACUGGAAAAGUUGACUGGAUUCCGUCUUAACCAAAUGGAAGAGUUACUCGAGAUACGGCUCGUUAAAGUAGAAUGGUAAAUCAUACAACAAAUUCUUUGAAUACCUCUGUUAACAUUCCUCUGUAAAUUUUAUUAUUUACUAUCCUAACACCUCUUAUGUAAACAUUACACUCAAAUCCUGUUAAAACUUAAAGCAGAGAAUUAAACUUGUGAUUUUAAACUUAUAACCAACAAAUGACAACUUGGUUAAAGAACCUCCAUAUGAAAAUGUAAACUUUCUGCUUGAUUAUAGUAGAGGUUAAAACAGUUCUAAAUGAUAAAAAGAUACCUUGUUAUGAUGCAGUAUAGUAGAUAGCAUAAGAACAUAAAUAAAAGAAUACGGAAAUGUCAAUAAAAGGAAAUCCAUCGUUUCAUACGCAUUGUUUUUGUUUUCUUUAUAAUGCCUUUUUUCAAAACCCCGCAAAAAAAUGGACUGCUCUUUGGUGAGUGUCGAUAGAUUUAAGCACUAACAACAACAACAACAACAACAACAACAGCAACAAAAAGAAAUAAGGACCGUGGGUCAUUUUUAUGAAACCUUUAAAAUUGUGUUUUACCAUUAUACCUGUUGUUCAAGAGUUUGAAAAAAAAACCAGCCGCAAUCGUAAAUUACGCUCGUUACGUAACAAGUUUUAUCUGAUGCUAAUUGACAUUGCAGUUUAUAACGUUCUCGUUAAAAAAAGAAUGAUGCUGAUCUUUAUUUUGGCCAGCUUUGGGAAGUAUCAAAGGAUAAAGACACCAAGGAGCAGGCAUUUUUUGGAGUUGAACUAAUGCUAUUCGUUUUUUAGUGUUACCCUUUGCGACUUGUCUUGCUUCCGUUUUACACAGCAUUGACCAAUGUGUGACAUUGCUGUCACUGACUAAAACCGCCGCUGUAUAACCUCUAAUCUCACCGGUAAUUUUCCCAACUACUUAGUCUAAGUUAUGAAAGAUAUUAUUUAUCGUGGUAUGUGUAUAAACGGUUCAUUUAUAGUUUGUCUCACGGUUGUCAAUUAGUUGUUGAUAUGCCUAGUCUAACUUGCCUCUUGUUACCCUUGCAAGACAUCUUGUAUAGUGUAACACGCGAGUGGUCAUUUUAGUUCAACUUUAUUCCAUCAACAGAAAGCCCAACCCGGGGAAGGGACAUAUGCUGACCUUGGGGAAUUUCAUCAAAAGUCAGCGGCCCCUACGGGGCCAGUAAAACGGCCCCCUGCCUACGAAGAAACGCCCUAUGCAGAAAUAACGCAAUUCUUACAGGGACCUGUUGAUACAAAUGAAGAGGAAACACCACAAGAGGAACAAGUUGCAGUGACGAAGCAAGAUGAUAAGGAUGAUGAU